AUGGAUCUUCAUGUAUUUUUACAAGUUAUCGGCUGCGGGUUGUAUGAUCCAGAUCUCGACAAGCUUCUGGCGACUGGAUCCAACCCUCUUGUUUGCCAGGUGCCGGCGAACAUCAGAAAGCAACUCCUCGGGCCAACCACAUGCACUGGGGCGUCAAGGACGACACAAACCAUCCGCCGUGUCAUGGUUUACCUUGUGAAGAUGAAUCUUGUGACGAUGGCCGGUGAUUCAACAUCUGGACCUUCCGGAGAGACCGUUCACUUAGUCUACGAGGUGAAUCGAUACGCGCACGUGGACAGUUUCACGGCAGACCUUGAAGCAGACCCGCCCCGGCGACUUGCCAGCUUCGACCUUGCAGAACCUGGUUCUGUCGAUGCAUAUUGGGAGAAGACCAAGCAGCUUGUGAAGGAAUGGUGUGACAAGGUCCUGGGCGGGGCGAGAGGCGCAAGAGACGACGGAAGCUCCAGCGAUGAGAAGAGGCCCCUCUCUCGGCAGACUGCCCCCAACAUCCCCACCCCUGUGAAUGCUCCGCUUCCUGAGCUCUUCCGCCGCAAGAACUGGAAGAGCUAUCCAUGGCUCAGUCCGCAUCAGCGGGCCGCCCUCAACAAAUUCUACAGCGACCUUUGCUUCAGCACGGCACCCAGGAGACAGCGAGCUUCAGAGUCGCUCCUUUCCGAGGCGCAAGAUGUAAGGAUUGUUACGCCAAGAUCUGCCGAAGUAUCUGCCCUCAGCCGCCGAAUCAUGGUGCCACCUGAGCGGGUCGUGAAGUAUUGUCGGCAGCUGGUGGAGGUGGCUGGGCCUCACCCCUCCGGAGCCAGGGUGGAGUUCUCCCCGCUGUACGCCGUGCGGUACAAAUGUCACAAAUGUGGCCACCUCUGCUUUCUGAAGACGGCCAUCGCAGACCAUUAUUGGAAGGUUCAUUCUCUGCCCUUGCCUACAGAUGAGAGCCUUUUCUGCGAGCCGGAUUUUUAUGCACGGCGGCUGGAGCAGGCAAAGCCACCUAGGAACCCCGGCAUCAAGCGGUUGCGGAAAGUGCUGCCAAGCAAGUCCAACAAGCUCCACUUGGACAUGGGGGAACUCCGAGAGGAGCUGGCUGAGGUGGAAGACGAGAUAGAAGAUGUACAGUGGCUGCAGCUCUUGGCCACUGCUGAAUCGUUGGUUGGCUUGGAGCAACACGCCAAGGGCUUGCCGUUGACGCAGCGUCCAGUUGGCCCCUCGCAUACCAGCCCGUCGGUCACGUGGCCAAUGCUCGCCCGCCUUGCAGGCCUUCCGGAAGCAUACUGCCAGAAACGCAUCAGGGAGCUCCUGCAGUGCGACCCCAAGAACCAACGCUUGGUCAGCACCUUGCGAUCCGAGGAAGUCCAGAGUGAGCGCUCCGCACAUGCACAAAGUGCUGCGGGGAGGUCCGUCUCAAAGUGCCUGCUGCUCUCGCCCUACGAAACAUUCAUGUCCUGGUGGAAACUGGAGUUCUUACCUGCCGAUGUCCGAAGACUUGUCGACUCUGUUCUGAGGCAGUGGCAGGUGGCGUCUUUGGUCAGCAAGUACAAGCCGCGCAGCAAAGGAAGGAGGCUUCCAGACAACGUGCAUCCGAGUUUUACGUUGACUUAUGCCUGCAAAGUCAGGAUGUUUGGCAGAGGUGGGGACUUCACUCGCUUGCAAGAAGCGCUUGGGACGCUUUCAUCGACCAGUCCUGAAGCCUUGCAGGGCUACCGGAGCUUCGCGCCAGAGUCAUCUGAGGGGACCCACCUGCUGGUGCUUUCAGAUGCUGUGGCGUCAAACAGGGCGACCCUGAGAGCGGUGUGGGCUGAUUCAGAUUUCUACAGUCAGGCAAUCGGCAAGAGGCCGCCCUGGCAGAGUUCUCACGAGGAGGACGACGAAGAGGAGGAGCCGCUCCUUGAGCCCGAAGAUGAGAGAAGCGGCUCGAGGCCUCCAACGGGCAUCCAGUCCCAUCUGCAACUGACGAGUGACGAGCCCACACUUCAGUCGAUUCGAGUGGCUCUCGCAGCUCCCCGGAAGCCAGAAAGCUUCCUGAAGUGGCUCCUGGUCCCCGACGAAGAGCUUCCCAACAUGCUACCUGCCCCUGUAGAGCCGGUGGAUCCAAUGCGUUGCUUCUGCGAAACCAAGGACGCCGAGGCCGAGAACCGGCAAGAGGAUUCUGAGGAGGAGGAAGCCCAGGACGAUGACAUCGGAGGAGAUGCGCUGCCCAGCCAGAACCAAGCUGCAACUGAUAAAGGGGCUGGUAAAGCCCAACAUGCACCGAGCACGGCGCUUGAACAGGAUGAAGACCAGGAGGUUCUGGAUAUUUCAUUCAAAGAGUUUGCAGCAACGUUCCUGGACACGCCUUCCAGCGUGGGAGCAGGCUUGUGUUCGCGAGAACAAGAACUCCUCGAUGCCGCAGCUUUCGUCUUCAAAACCGUUCAUUCGAUAUCUUCCAGAGCACCAGAGGUCAAAGAGGAAGGUGACCUGACGGGACUUUUUGUUCUGCCAGGCGCCAGCACCUCUCAGCUCAAGGCUGCAUAUCAGGGCUUCCGAAGCCACCAAAGGGGCCCGAAGCGACUCAGGCGCUUGCAGCCUUCGCAGCCCAGGCCUCCCAGCCUGUCGUUGGUCCUGGCUUGUUUAGAGGAGUUGAGGCUCGUGGUUCCUUUUCCAUGCGGCCAGGAGUUUCGAGAGGUCCUUGCUCACGCUGCCGCCCCGUUCUGCGUUUCACAGAGCUCCUCUGAGCCUAAGGGGAGCCCUGAGGCCUCGGCUGAGGCCUCGGCCGCCUCGGCUGCAGCAGAACUUUUCAGUCACUUCGAUUUGGGAAGGCACUGGCUUUGGCCCUACUUGGAGCAUUGCUCGCUUCGCUGUCUCCGCCAAGCUGCGGCGUGUGUACUGCGAGCCGCUGGUCUCGACAAGGCAGCUGGAACACUGCAGGGAAGCUUUCUUCCUUGUCAACUGAUGGCUCCAUGUGCUUGGGUACAUGCUCGGGGGACGUUGAACGUACCGGUUCUGCGUUGCUUGCUGCUCCGGCUUCUCCAUCGACUGAUGAAGACACCCUUUGCAUCUGUUGCUGAGUUGGCGAAGGACUGCGGGGCGCAGGACCGGGGGCUCAUCGACGUCUGCGAGCUCUCCUUCCUCCUGGAGUUGGCGGUAAGGGCCAAAGUCGUGGAGAAGCGCGGACACGGCAGCAGUGGCUCUUCCGUCGAGGAGCCUGACCGCUACCGCUGUGUCCUGCUCCGCUGUGGUGCAGCCUGA